AUGAAAGUUAUGUACUUGGCUAUUGCCGUCCUAGCUUUGGCUUCCUCACUUGCCUCUGCCUAUGACCCCAGUCCUCUUCAAGAUUUUUGUGUGGCAGUCAACGGCACCAAAGACGGGGUAUUUGUGAAUGGAAAAUUCUGCAAAGAUCCCAAACUUGUGAAAGCUGAAGAUUUCUUCAGACAUGUGGAAGCUGGGAAUACUAGCAACCCACUUGGCGCACAAGUAACUCCGGUAUUCGUUGAUCAACUGGCAGGACUAAACACACUUGGAAUAUCUUUGGCUCGCAUAGAUUUUGCAGCCAAGGGUUUGAAUCCUCCUCACACUCACCCUCGGGGCACAGAGAUCCUUUUUGUGGUUGAAGGAAGUCUGUACGUUGGAUUUGUGAGCUCGAAUCAAGAUGGAAAUCGGCUCUUCACCAAAGUACUGAACAAGGGUGAUGUGUUUGUGUUUCCGAUCGGUCUGAUUCAUUUCCAAUUGAACGUGGGAUAUGGAAAUGCAGUUGCCAUUGCUGGUCUGAGCAGUCAAAAUGCAGGAACUAUUACCAUCGCCGAUGCUUUGUUUGAUGCCAAUCCUCCUAUUUCUUCCCAGCUUCUCUCCAAAGCAUUCCAAGUUGACAAGAAAGUAAUUGAUUAUCUUCAAAAGCAAUCAUGGUACGGAAACAACUAG